AUGCGAGGAUCUGGAGCAAAAGCCGAUGAUUCACUAUUGCCUUUAUGUUGUUUAUAUCCAUCAAAACAUUUGCAGGGACUGUUGGAAAAAUUAUUUACACUGUUCGACCAAGACUGCAAUGGUAUUCUCAAACAAGACGAUUGGAUUGAAUUCCUCAAAGCAAGGCUCACGAACGAGAAACAGACGGACUUCGUUGAUCAAAUUGAGAGUGUGGCGUAUGUACUAUGUGGGGAGAAGCCUCUCAAUGUGAAUGCCUUCAAAGGAAUAUUUCUCGCGAAAGGAGUGAUUGAUAAAUUAUUCAGCCUGCUGGAGCACGAGAGUCUCGGCUACGUUUUCCCCGGCCAAAUAAUGGAGUUCAUCGCCGGUAUAAGUAAUCCGAGAUCACAAGUUGGAUUCGAUAAAGGCAAUCUGGAAUGGCUGGAGAAGAUCUUCAAGCAGACAGUUGGGAACGAGCAGGAAAUACGUCGCGAGGAGUUCAAGAAAAUCGUUAUAUCGAAAAACCCCUUCUUCACCGAGAGAGUUUUUCAAAUAUUCGACAAGGACAACUCUGGUACGAUAUCACUCCAGGAGUUUCUAGAUGCGAUGCAUCAAUUUGCUGGUAAAACUCCGGACGACAAAAUACGAUUUCUCUUCAAGGUCUACGAUAUCGACGGUGACGGGUUGAUUCAGCAUCGUGAACUCGAGCACGUGAUGAGGGCUUGUAUGGAGGAGAAUGGUAUGAAAUUCAGUGACGAACAGAUUGAGGACUUAACGCUUGCCCUCUUCGAGGAUGCCGAUCAGGGUAACAGGGGCGCUAUCACGUUCGCUGCAUUGAAGAAGCAGUUGGAGAAGCACGAGGGUCUCCUCGAGAAUCUAUCAAUCAGUAUAGAUCGUUGGAUGGUACCACCGAAGCCCGCACAAUCCAACCGCACAGUAUUGGGUUUUCUGCGAUCACUGAGGCCAUAUCAGCUGACCAAGCCCUAUUUGAAAAAUAAUUACGUUUUCAUGUGUUCCCUGUGGAUAUUUUUUCUCAUAAAUUUCGCACUAUUCGUUUCGAGGAUGUAUGAAUAUCGUGAUGCCGGUGGUUUAGUCAUGAUAGCCAGAGCAUGCGGUCAGUGCUUAAACUUUGACUGCACCAUUAUUCUUGUGCUGAUGCUUCGUCAGUGCAUAACAUUUUUACGAACUCACGGUUUCAGUUCAGUUUUACCCCUCGAUCACAAUAUUUAUCUUCACAAAAUGGUGGGUGUUACGAUUGGAGUAUUGAGUAUUUGUCACACGAUUGCUCAUCUACUGAAUUUCGGAGUAUUUGUGAUCAACGAUGAAAUAUUGAAUAGCUCACACUACUCGAUGUCAGAGUGGCUAUUGACAAGUCGUCCAGGUGUUUUUGGAUUAGUAGGUGGUGGAGCGAAUCCAACUGGAGUUGCCUUGAUCAUGAUUCUGUUUGUAAUGUCACUUUGCUCGAUGCCCUUCGUCAGACGCGGUGGAUCUUUUGAGAUUUUCUACUGGUCCCAUUUGAUGUACAUACCAUUCUGGAUUCUCCUGAUAUUCCACGGUCCAAACUUUUGGAAAUGGUUUGUUAUACCUGGUACGAUAUAUAUCGCUGAACGUAUGCGUCGUUUGAUGUGGUUACGCUCACAACGCGGUAAAACGUACAUCAGUUCGGGCUUACUACUGCCUUCAAGAGUAACUCACCUGGUGAUCAAACGGCCUCAGCAUUUAGAUUUUCAUCCGGGGGAUUAUGUCUUUGUGAAUAUACCAGUCAUAGCCAAAUACGAGUGGCAUCCAUUCACCAUCAGCAGUGCACCCGAACAAGAAGAAUAUAUGUGGCUGCACAUAAGAGCUGUUGGAGAAUGGACCAACAGUCUCUAUUCAUAUUUUGAGAGAAAACAGCAGAAGCUGGAGCGCGGUGAAGUGAUUUCCAUCGAGAGUUGUGCCACGGAAAUACUGAGAAAAUCAUUAAUAACUGAACACAAACCAACAUCCACUGUCAUCGUGAUGGAGGAGACGUUGAAGGAUUCCCUGGAGGAUCCACGAGGCAUCGAUAACCCUCGUUUCAUUGCGGACAGUGGAAAGACUUCUUCGAGUCCCAGCAUCACCUCACCCUCAUCCCAUCUGUCUGCUGAACGAGGAACUUGCCAAGAUGCUCGAACGUUUACACGAGAUAGAAAGCUGAGACAGCUACUUCUUGGUAGAAAGAUGCCUUUGGAGAAGUCAUUCUCAAUGCCUGACAUGCAGACCAAGCACAAAAAGAGAGAGCGAGUAAAAGCUCUUCGUGACUACAUGAGAUCGGAGUCAGAGAAGAGCUUUGACGAGGCCCAGAUACGACGAGCUAGAUUGAAAUCGCUCGGAUUGGCCUACCUCAGCCCCCAGAACAAAUCGCUUGCCCAGAGUUUUCGGUACAUGAGAACAAAACCAACAAUUAUAGCAUUCAAAACCCCGAGUAUGGAGGAUCACGUCUAUAACAGCUCACCGGACUCAGUACCUUCAGCUUCAUCGUUGGCUAUGAAGCAGCGAGUUGCUGGAAGUCCAACACUGGCGUUAGCAGUUGAAGAAGGUAGAAUCGAGGAAGCGAUCACAAUUGGACAGAAGAAAAGUAACACAUUGGACACUGAGAGUCAAUUUUCAUCUCAUCCCUCCAUGAACUAUCCUAUUGGCAAACCGCUUGAGAUAUUCUUGGAUGGUCCUUAUGGUGCGCCCUCGAGUCACAUCUUUCAGGCUCAACACGCUGUACUAAUCGCCACGGGAAUCGGAGUCACGCCUUUUGCUUCUAUUCUACAGUCGAUAAUGCAUAGGUACUGGAAGGCAAGGCACACCUGCCCCAAGUGCCAAUUCUCAUGGGCAAGUGAGAUACCCACAACGGUCAUGAAGCUGAGAAAGGUUGAUUUCUUCUGGAUAAAUCGUGACCAACGUUCAUUCGAGUGGUUCGUAAAUCUUCUCUCACAACUUGAAAUAGAGCAGGCAGAAUUGGGCGCAACAAUGGAGAGAUUCUUAGAGAUGCACAUGUAUAUAACGAGCGCACUGCAGAAAAAUGAUAUGAAAGCUGUUGGUCUGCAGCUUGCUAUGGAUCUUCUUCACGAGAGGGAGAAGAGAGAUUUGAUAACUGGCUUGAAAACACGUACCAAUGCUGGUCGGCCCAACUGGGACAAAGUAUUUAAACAAUUGGAUGAUCGUAAGAAGGGGAAAGUAACGGUAUUUUAUUGCGGCCCACCACAACUGGGCAGACUUCUACGAUACAAGUGCGAUCAAUUUGGUUUUAACUUCAGAAAGGAAACAUUUUAAAUCGCACAAUGCACCUGAAAAUACCCGCGAGGCUUCAUUAGUGCAGAUCAUCUGGUUUGUGUUCAUGUGGAAAAUUUAACGACUGAAAAACGAUUUAAUGUGACUGAUGUGAGAGAUCGCGGAUAGGUCAAUCAGUAUGGGGAGCAGAGAUUGUGCAUUGAUAAUCCGUUGAUUAAUAAUCGUUGGCUGUACACCAGAUAGGCAUAUGAAUACGACACAUCACGCCGUUUGGAUGGAUGCAAUAUAUGUGUGUGUACAUGCGUGAGGGCUUGAAACCCAAUCGAUUGCGCAAAUGGUGCAAGAGCAAACAAGAAGAUAUUCCCAUGCGACACAUCAUGUCUAUGGUGCGUCAAAGGACACCCUCAGGACAUUCACGACCGGAUGCACAUGCAGAUUUAUGUUAUGUUAAUGUAGAUGUAGAUGUGUAAAAGUGUUGCUGGGAGUGGUGAAGGGGAAAAAAAAAAUUGAAAAAUCACCUCCACCGGUUGAGAGAUGCGUUUGAAGACAACACAUGACAAAUGACGAAUGCGCAAACUUUAUUGUCAUGUUUUUCCUAACUCUCGAAGCCCAUGUGUCUUGUUUUUUCGCUUCGAGCAUUUGUCAGCCACUUGUUUCUUUGUUUUUUUAUUUUUUUUUUUUCCUUUUUUUAUUUGUGCAUUUAAUCACUUACAGGUGAAACACGUUGUAGUAACGUCCAAUGAAUUUCAUUUGAGCGCUUUUAUGCAUUGGACACACGUUUUAUUUCCCUCUUUUCAAUUCACUGGCUAACUCACGCCUAUUCGAUCAACGUAUUCAACUGUAUUUCUUUGCCAUUUCGUUUUGCCUCGAAAAAAAAAUGGUCUUUAUAAUGGUAUUGGCGCUUUCAUUAUCUCCUCCACGAUUUUACGAGAUAAUUUAUGUUCAGUACUGUCGAAUUGCCCUGGGGAAAAUAAAUUUCACGGAGAUAUUGGAGUUCAGAUUCAAGGGGGAGUUUAAGAAUAAAGGAAGAAAAAAAAAUUCGGAACGUUCACCAUAAAGACAGAAAUGGGGUGCAAGCGAGGAUCUUGUCACGCGAUAGGACGAUUAAACUUUCUAGAAAGAAAAAAGUCUUUUUUGUUUCUCAAGUAACGGAAUGGAAGAGAAUAUGGAAACCAGAAAAAAUCGUUGACGCAUGGUGAACUCCCCCACCUGUUUGUAGGAUUUUAUUUUACUUUUUUGUAUCUAUUUGUCGUUUGACGGAAGACGAUAAAUGACAUUUCACGUCCGGAGCGAGGGAUUUACCUUUUUCGAUAUUGCGAAGGUGCGUCGGGAGAUGAAGUGAGAGUCGGUGUAAUAAGAGUAGAUGACUGUUAUAUAUCUCAUUUUAUUUAAUGUUUAAUUAGAGGAUCUUGUCCAUUUUACGCAAUAAAAAAUUU